GGAACCAACAACCUACGACUGACUCACUCUUCAAACUGUCUCAAUGAUCAGUUCUGUUCUACACUCAUCCUUCUCUCUCUCUUCUCUCUGUUGUUCAUUCCUUCCAUUCCAUUCCAUUUCCAAGCUCCUAUCUCCAAUGGCUUCCAUUGCUAUCUUCAGAAAACGCCUUCUCCUCUCUUUCCAUUUCAUCAUAUCUCGUUCAACUUCUUCCACCAACAAUGCAUCUGCUCUUCUUUCUCUCCGGAGAUCCAUGGCCACUUUCACACGAACAAAGCCACAUCUUAAUGUUGGCACCAUUGGCCAUGUAGAUCAUGGAAAAACUACACUAACUGCUGCAAUCACAAAGGUGCUAGCUGAUGAAGGUAAAGCCAAGGCCAUUGCUUUUGAUGAAAUAGACAAGGCUCCUGAGGAGAAAAAGAGAGGAAUUACUAUUGCUACAGCUCAUGUUGAGUAUGAGACAGCAAAGAGGCAUUAUGCCCAUGUUGAUUGCCCAGGACAUGCAGAUUAUGUCAAGAACAUGAUAACUGGAGCUGCACAAAUGGAUGGCGGAAUCCUCGUGGUUUCUGCUCCAGAUGGUCCAAUGCCUCAAACAAAGGAACAUAUACUCCUCGCUCGUCAGGUUGGUGUGCCAUCACUGGUAUGUUUUCUAAAUAAAGUAGAUGCUGUUGAUGAUCCAGAGUUACUUGAACUUGUGGAAAUGGAGCUUCGCGAACUACUCAACUUCUACAAGUUUCCAGGGGAUGAUAUCCCAAUUGUAAGAGGUUCAGCUCUGUCUGCAUUGCAAGGGACUAAUGAAGAGCUUGGAAAAAAAGCUAUCUUGAAACUAAUGGAUGCUGUGGAUGAAUACAUUUCUGAUCCCGUGCGCCAGCUUGACAAGCCUUUCUUAAUGCCAAUAGAAGAUGUUUUCUCUAUUCAGGGGCGUGGAACUGUUGUCACCGGUCGUGUUGAACAAGGCACUGUCAAAGUUGGUGAAGAGGUUGAAAUACUGGGACUAACAAAGAGUGAACCUUUGAAGACUACUGUAACUGGUGUUGAAAUGUUCAAGAAAAUUUUGGAUAGAGGACAAGCUGGUGAUAAUGUCGGACUUCUUCUACGAGGUCUUAAGCGAGAUGAUGUACAGAGGGGAAUGGUUAUCACAAAGCCUGGUGCAUUGAAAACAUAUAAGAAGUUUGAAGCAGAGAUUUAUGUCCUCUCAAAAGAUGAAGGUGGCCGUCAUACCGCAUUUUUCUCUAACUAUAUGCCUCAGUUUUACCUGAGGACUGCAGACAUUACUGGAAAAGUGCAGUUACCUGAAAAUGUUAAGAUGGUUAUGCCUGGUGAUAAUGUGACUGCAACUUUUGAGCUGAUAUUACCUGUUCCUCUUGAAACCGGACAAAGGUUUGCUUUGAGAGAAGGAGGCAGGACAGUUGGUGCAGGAGUGGUCUCCAAAGUGAUUUCCUAGAAUGUUGAUAUGAUAUGGAGUCAACAAUUUUUUUGUCGAGUAAUUUGUAAUUAAGUCGUGUGUAGGGACCGGCCGAGACCAGCAUGCAGGAAGUAGUCUAUGAUGAGACUAUUUUUGACACUUGAUGUGUUGGUUCCAUUUGAAUUAGUCUGUUUUAUCUGUUAGAGAAUUAUAAUAGUAGAUUUAGAUAUUGGGUUAGUGGUUAAAUUCCUUUUAGGUUCAGUUAAUAAGGCCAAUUUAAUCAUAAUUAACUACUUGUUUUUCU